AUGAGCGUCUCAUCCGGCCCCCAAACCGGGCCCGGCCAUCCGGCCGUGCCCGUCACCGAUCCCCGUUCGCCGGACCCUCCUUCCGCUCUCAGCGACCAAGACAGCGCCGCCGCCGCCGCCGCACAGGGAGAGGACGGCGACAACGACGACGACGCGGCCGCGGCCUACGAGUCCCGCCACGUCCACACCGUCUACGAGGCCAUCGCCCCGCACUUCUCCUCAACCCGCUACAAGCCCUGGCCCCUCGUCGCCGCCUUCCUGCUGUCCCUCCCUCCCGGAUCCGUAGGCCUCGACGCCGGUUGCGGCAACGGGAAAUACAUUGGCGUCAACCCGUCCCUCUUCAUCGUCGCCUCGGACCGGAGCGCGAACCUGGUCUCGCUGGCGCGCAGCUACCAGCCGCCGCACUUUGAUGCCGCCGCCAGUGCGAGCUCCAAGAAGAAGAACAAGAACAGCAGCGACAAGAACAGUAAGAAAGCCACAGACGCCUCGGCCUCGGAACCUCCCGCGCCCGUGGCACCAGCACCAGCACCAGCACCAGCACCGCCAAAGAACCAAGUCCUCGUCGCAGACUCCCUAUCUCUCCCCUACCGCAACUCCGCCUUCGACUUUGCCAUCUCCAUCGCCGUCAUCCACCACAUGUCCACCCGCGAACGCCGCCGCGCCGCCGUCGCCGCCCUCCUCUCUGCCGUCCGGCCCGGCAGCGGCAAGGUCCUCAUCAUGGUCUGGGCCCUGGAGCAAGGCAACAGCCGACGCGGGUGGGACGCCGGCGCCGCGCAGGACCAGCUCGUGUCGUGGGUCACAAAGGGCAAGAAGGAGAAGAAGCCCGAGCAAGGGGCGCAGGAUCAAGAGCAAGCGCAAACGCAAAUGCAAGCGCAAGCGCAAGCCGCCGGACCUGCCGAACCUGCCGAAUCCGUCAGGGACGAGACGUUCCAGAGGUAUUACCACCUCUACCGCGAGGGGGAGCUCGAAGAGGACGUUGUGCAUGUCGGGGGUAGGGUGCUUGAGAGCGGCUACGAGAGGGAUAACUGGUGGGCCAUCUUCUGUCGGGACUCAUGA